AUGGAUAAUCAUGAAGAAGUCCCCCAAUACUGGCCCGGUCUGGAGGACUGGCGCUAUCCCUUGCCCUACGAUAAUGAACCUACCCCUUACGGUGACCCUUCGCACGCCCUUCCCGGGGGUUACUACGAUCCUGCCCCUUACGGUGACCCUUCUCACCACCCUCGCGAUGUUUACUACCAUGGCGAGUCUGCUUAUGCAGACCCUCCUCAAGAUUAUCAUCCAAAUUACAGUGGUCUCAACGUCGAUGUUCCUAGCCAAGUCCAUUCUACGGACGUUGCCAAAGGAAUACCAACUGGCAUGGACUCUGUUGAUGAUCGCCUAGCGAGCAAGGAAAAGGCUACAGACUCUCAACAGGGCCAAUACAAGUGCCAGCAUUGCGGCAAUUAUACUGGCAAAACGCCACACACACUUAAGGAGCAUAUAAAGUUUACCCACAUUGGCGAAUACUGCAUGUGGAAUGGCUGUGGGUUCAAAGGCACUGAGUCCGAGGUGCGUGAACAUUUACGCUCGACGCAUGCUAGGAAGAUUCUUGUAUCCGAUGCUACAAAUGGCGUCGCAAAGCCACCGCGAUAUAUGUGCAACUGGGAAUUCGAGGGUGGAUCAAAGUGCAAGAAGACCUUUGCAAGGUAUGACGGCGUUGUUCGCGACUUCUUCCAUCAUAAUAGGGAGCUCUGUCUACCCUAAGGUGCAGAGGCAAGGUACCUAGUCACGAUACAUGCGUUCAACGCUUUGAGGAAUGGAGCAUAUGGAUCAUGCUAUACUAUCCAUCAAACAGCGAAGUAUCAAGUU